UUGCUUCUCUGAUUACUUUUUAUCGAGGUUAUUAUGAUUUUGAUCAUGCUGUUCUUUAUUUUAUGCUUUAAAUGAAAUUCUAAUACAAUUUUCAUAUACGAAGUACAAUUUAUCGAAUUGAAAAUUUGAAAUGAAAUGUUUAAGCAAAAGGUGUGAACUUUUUCCCUAAUUAACUAACUUGUUGAAUAAAUUGCUUAAAACUUGUGUAUCAUUGUUGUAGUAAACUCCGUUUGUUCGAUGCUUAUCAUUAGUUACCAUGAUUAUAAACUGGGCAAUUGAUUUUUAAGGUUAUAUAUCGCAUAGAUGAAAUGGGUUGGAUUUUUGGAAUCCUGUUAUACUGUAUUGCUGUUUUAUGAAUCGUUCCUGUGAUAUUUGGGCAUUUUGUAUUCCCAAUUGUUAAAAUAUACUUGUAUGAACUAUGAAGAAUUGAUGGGUAUGGAGUUAUGGACUAUGGAAUAUAUAACUGGAUUUGCUUAUAAAGAAAAGCUGUUAAACUACUUGAAGGAGCAAUACAAUGAUUGAAAGGAAACAAUCUAAAGUGUGUAACUUGUUAUAGAUGAGGUUUGAUAGCAUUUUUGCAAGACGGGACUAGUUUCUUGCCUCAUGAAUCAUGAUAGUCAUGAACAAUAUAAAGUAGUGGCGUUCUUUCGAGUAGGUGGAGGAAUUUGUGCUUGAAAACUUGUACCAUGUUUGGCAGGGAGCUUGGUUAUGUAGAGCAGUGUUUGUUUGUGAACACUUCAGUUUGUUGGAUUGGUGGACGGGGUAGUUAGCCAGUUGGUGUAGCCUUCAAUUCGUGCUUAUGCCUUUUCAGGGCACUAUAUUGUUGGGGAAAGUUGUCUGUUUCAUUGAUGGUUGGGAUCUUUGUGGUUGUUAACUUGUUAUGGACCGAGAUUUUGGGGAUCUAUUGUCGAAUAGUUGUCUUUUUGAGGACUUAGUUGUUUGCUCAGCCAAGAAGCUGACAAGUAUUAGCAUCCCUUAGCCAUUGAUCCGGUUGAAAAUCCUGCACAUUCUGCCAUGAUUUUGUUAAACUAGAAGUAAAUGCGGGAAAUCUCGCAUCUUUCGCAUAACUUGAACCUAGCUUCCACUAUAAAAAUAUCUCAAAGCUUAUGUUUGGGAUGGAUUGAUGAGAUUUUUAGCCAACUUGUGAGCAAAAACUUACUGCUUGGUACUUUAAUUUUGGAAGAUCUUUUCUUCAGAAGCUUAAUCCGGAUUAUGAGAUGUCACUGACACUAGUGAAUCAAUGGGAUACAUCCAAAAUGGAUCAUGAAGAGGGAUUGAUUUCUUUCUUCUCAUACUUCUUUAUCUUCCUGUUAUAUGCCAUUAAAAGGAGAUUGUGAUUCAAAAACAUCUCAUAAGCAUUAAGCAGUGCUAAUCUCAAUAGUUCGGGAACUUGAUUUAAAUAUUUUAAUCUGAUGAUUUGAGUGAAACAAGAACUUGUUAAGUAUAUCGAAUCUUUAGAAGUUCAAAUGUUCAAUAGUCAUUGUCAUUUUUUACAUAUCAGUAUCCUACAAACAAGUGAAUCAAACCUAGGUAUGUAUGUGACUCACUGAGCCAACAUGUGAUACACACUAGAAUAUAUUUUCAAUUUAGUUGAUCUGAUACCAUGUUAGUUUUGUUACUUUGUAAGCCGAAAAAAUUCUGAGGAUCAUUGGACCUUUAGUUUUUCCAAGGUAUAGAGGUGUGAAAACUGAAAAGUGUUAGUCCAAAACUAACGGUGUAUCUUGGGCCACUAUAUUUAAAUUCACCGACUAAUGGGCAUUAUCUUCACUUGUUUGCUAUGUGCGACUUCUAAUACGGUACAAGUGUCAAUAAUCUGGGUAGACAUUUCUUGUAGGCAUCAGUGCAUCAGCGCAUCAGCAUUAUUGGAAAUUCAAUUAAAGCUGUAACCAAGAGGCAUUUAAGCUAAAGCAAUCAUGUCCUGCUAGAAUUUUGUUUUCCAUAUGCUAAUAGGCAAUUCUCUUAAAAAGGUGAAACCAACUGUGUAUAUGUUUUGUUUGCAAUAUGCUCAUAGCGUGUAUUGUGGUCUUGAAUUAUUGGUGAAGAAGUUAUGCUUGAUUUACUCAGGAUAAGUUGCUGUAUUGUGGUAUUGUGUUUUUUUAGUAGUCUUUCAAGAGAACUAUCCCCUUUGUUUACUAGUAGCCACAUGUGCUUUGUGUAGACAAUAUUUAUUAUUGGAGACUUAGGAUAAGGAGAAAGAGUGAUGAACCUGAGAUACAUGGUGGAUUUUACCUCGAGAGAGAAUGUGGUCUUAGUUUAGCUCUCUUCUUUCUAAUGAAUGGGGCUAAGGUGAUAUAAACUAAGAGAAAUUUCAAUUUAAGGCUCUUGAUACCAUGUGAGUGUAGUAAAAGCCAUUUUGGAAAAAACUGUUGUGAAAACUUGUUAAUACACAACUAAUGUAUAUCCUGGGCCAAUAAAUGGCACGCCAUAUACAUAUGUGCAUUAUUUUCACUCAUUGGUUAUGUGCAACUCUUACAUGGUAUUAAUGGCUUUGAUUUGGAUUUGGCUUCGAUAGUUUGUAUCUUGCUGAAAAUCCAAUUAGAUCUGUAUUUAAGAUGUACUCCGUAUCUAAGCUGUUUCAGCAAGCAUCUCCAGCAAGAUAUUUUUACUGUCACAUGACAUUAGCAAUUUUCUUAAAGAAGUAAAACCAGCAGUGUACUUUAUUACUGGAUGCAAUCUGAUGCUUCAGGGUUCUGGGAAGGAGUAUAGUGCAUUGUCUAUGGGUGAAGAAUCUGAAGAUAGGAGAAGAAGUUAUUCUUUCUUUACUUAAGAUAGUUGCUUGAAUAGUAUAUCUCUAUGAUUUGGAGCAAUUAAUAUCAAUGACAUAGAUACGACUAUACGAGAGUAUAUUUUGGACAAAUGCUGAAGCUAUUACAGUUAUUGGGAAAACUAUCUUAUAUCAAAACUAAGGGUGCAAAAUGCAGAUAUUGUCUCUCAUUAGGAUUCAUUUGUUUUUUUUGGUUAAAGACGAGUAAUUCAUGAAUUCAAUGAUAGCCACACAAGUGUUCAACUCAUUACCACACUGAGUUGGACAAAUCUGUGACUUUUACUGUAUUAGUAAUCUCUUAAGACACCCAUUGAAAAACCACUCCUUUUAGUUGAUUCAUGUGCAAUACUGAAAUACAGAGGAAUAUAUUUGGAGAUUUAGGUAAAGGAGAGAGAUUGAUGAUCAUGACAGACAGGGUUGAGAGUAUGUUUUGGACAAAUGCUGAAACUAUUACAGUUAUUGGGAAAACUAUCCUAUGUCAAAACUAAGGGUGCAAAAUGCAGAUAUUGUCUCUAAUUAGGAUUUCUUUUUGGUUUAAGACGAGUACUUCAUGAAUUCAAUGAUAGUCACACAAGUGUUCUACUCAUCAACACAUUGAGUUGGACAAAUUUCUUGACUUUCACUGUAUUAGUAAUCUAGACAAUCAUUGAAAACGAGCCCUUUUAGUUGAUACAUGUGCGAUAAUGAAAUACAGAGGAAUAUAUUUGGAGAUUUGGGAAAAGGAGAGAGAUUGAUGAUCAUGAGAGACAGGGUUGAGAGAACUUGGUCUUGGUUAAGGCCUCUUCUCUCGAUUGGUACAUAUUAGCAUGUUGAAUAGCAAUUAGUCAAUUACUAUAUUCUACAGAAAGGUGCUGUCGGAAAAAAAAAAAUUUACAGUAAGGAGAAGGUUCCUUCUGUAAUGGGAAUGUAACCUCUUAUGGAGUUAGGUUAUACCCUUAAGAGUAUGGAACAGGGAUGAAAGGAUACAGAACAUUCACCCCCAAGAACCACAGUUGAUAGGAGGCAUGACUUUAGGUUACAAUGUGAAACUUCGUACUGCGAACUAUAUCAAGUACUACUUAGCGCGGAGCAACUCCUGCCGGGUUAACGGUUUUAGAGCUAUUAAGGACAUCCAAAUGGAACAUUGACAAAAGAAAAAAAAAAUUGGUGCAGCACACAACCAAAAAUAAACUUUUGCAAGGAAAAGACCCAAAUAACCACUGUAAACACAGUUGACAAUUUGGCUUCAUUACUUGCCUUUAGAAAAGAUACUAUGAUAGUAUCUUAAUUUAGUUCAUAUUACAAUAUCAACGUGACAAUUGUUUUUAGACCCUAGUAGUAAUCCCCCCUCCUAUGGCGAUUCAAUUUGUUGGGCUGUAGGUGAAAAUUUUAACUUAGUAUACUUUAGAACGUAAGCGAAACCUCAAACCCAAAUAGGAAAGUAGUUUAAGCAGUUAAUCCCCGGACUAUUUCGGUGACCGGUUAUUUCCUCGGUCUUUGCAGUUGAUUGCAUCAGUCCAGAUUCCAGAGUCUAAAUUAGCUUUUAUCAGUUGCAAAAGAAUGAACGAAGGCAAACAAACUAAAUUGGGUGAUAGCAUUUUGCAAGAUAGAACUGUUCUGUUGCCUGAUGAACUUCUCAUACACAUAUUAUCCUACAUGCCAUUGAGGCAAGCUGUGAGUACCAGUCUACUUUCAAGAAGAUGGAGGAAUUUAUGGAUGAAAAAUCCCAAUUUGAUGUUUGAUGCCUAUAACAUAUUUGGCCGGGAACUAAACUACGUAGAGCAGCGUUUGAAAACACUUCAGUUUGUUAGAUUAGUGAACGGGGUAAUUAACCAACUGGUUUCUUCUUCUUCGAUUUGUGUUUCUACCUUUUCGGGCCACUAUGAAUUAUCCGGGGAAGUGGUCUCUUUCAUCGACCGUUGGGUGUUGUUUUCCCUUGACCGCAACGUGCAAACCCUUAACCUACACUUCCGUAAGGGAACCACCAUUGGUUCAUGGUUCUUUCCUCCUCAAAUGGCUAGUCCCCAAACAAGCCUUUGCCACCUAAGCCACCUCCGUUUAGGAGGAUGUGAAGUUGUUCCUACUUUUGGUGGUUUCAAGAAUCUUAAACUGGUCUCUUUGACCUCUGUGAUUGUUACAGAUCAAGCUUUUGAAGAUCUGCUGUCAAAUUGUUUACUUCUUGAAGACUUAUUUGUUUGCUCGGCUGAAAAAUUGACAAGUAUAAGAAUCCCGGAAUCAUUAGUCCGGUUGAAAUUUCUGCACUUAUACCUUUGCCAUGAUUUACUCAAUCUAGAACUAAAUGCACGAAAUCUUUCAUCUUUCACAUAUAUUGGACCUAAGUUAACCUUCUCCUUCAACAAUAUCUCAAAGCUUCUGAUUCUGCGUUUGGGUUGGAUAGAUGAAGUUUUUAGCCAACUUAUGAGCAAAAACUUACAACUCCAUACUUUAGUUCUUGAUCUUGAUCUGUUCUUUGAGAAGUUUGAUCUGGAUUAUGAGAUUUUGCCUACACUAGCCAGUCUCAAGGUGCUGAUUUUGUCAGUUGUUUCUUUAAGUGGCGGUUUUCUUGGAUUCAUUAACUUCCUAAAAGCAGCCCCUUCUCUGUAUAAAUUUGGUUUGCAUCUAAAAGGUCCUAGCUUUUAUACUCAUGAUUUAGAAAAGCGUUUAUGUGAGAAAUUCCGCCAUGAAAAUGUUCGUGAGAUUGAGCUUAGUGGCUUCUUGGGUCAGAAAGGGCAUAUUGAACUAGCUAUUAUGCUGAUUGAAUCAGCUGUUGUGUUGGAGAAGAUGACCAUUGUACCCUUUGGUAAAAGGUUGUAUCUGAACAAAUGGUGUUGUGAAAAGCCGGAGAAAGAGCAGAUUGAUGCCAUAAGAAAAUGCGCUGAUCAGAUUUCCAGCAAACUUCCAGCAACAGCUAAGUUGGAAAUCCUUGAAUAUUGAGUAGCAUGUUCUUCCUUUCUGAAUGUUUUGAUAAAACUUUCAUCUGGCAAAAUGUACAUACAUGGUAAUUGAUCUGCAUUCUUUUGUUCAGCCAAUUUCAUGAUUUUGUCAUAGUGAAAAAUAUUUAGUGGAAUAUUUUUAUUCAGGUAUUUUCUGGAAGAAAUUUGAGUUUCAGAUAUUGACAUUCUUUUUCAUGUCAUCUUGUUGAUACAGAGUUUAUGAUAUGAUACAGUUAUUUCUAGU